UUCGGCACGGAAGUUGCUUCUCAGCCAGGCAACUGUCGCUGUAACACCGAGUUGGCUGAGGGGAAGGUUCCCGCUGGUGCGUACCGACGUCAGGGAACGUUGAUGUCGGUCGGCGGGGGUCGCUAAGCGAGGAAGAUGUUGCUGGUCCUGUCGGAGGAGCAUAAGGACCACCUGGGCUUUCUUCUUCAGGUGGAGAGCUCAGUUGUCAGUGAAUUUGGCCGUAUUGCUAUGGAGUUUUUAAGAAAAGGCACAAACCCAAAAAUCUAUGAAGGAGCAGCAAGAAAACUUAAUGUUAAUAGUGAAACAAUUCAGCAUGGUGUAGAAGGAUUAACAUACCUUCUCACUGAGAGCUCAAAACUCAUGAUAUCCGAGAUAGAUUUCCAAGACUCUAUACUUGUACUAGGAUUCUCUGAAGAACUGAAUGCCUUAUUACUUCAGCUAUAUCUUGACAACAGAAAGGAGAUCAGAAGUAUUCUGAGUGAGCUAGCACCAAAGCUGCCAAGUUAUCACAGUCUUGAAUGGAGACUAGAUGUACUGCUCGCCAGCAGAAGUCUGAGGCAACAAAUUAAGCCUGCUGUGACUCUGAAGCUACACCUUAAUCAGAAUGGAAAUCAAACUACCAAAAUAUUGCAAACUGACCCUGCUACAUUGCUCCACCUGAUCCAGCAACUGGAACAAGCUUUGGCAGAAAUGAAAACAAAUCAUUGUAGACGAAUAGUGCGUAACAUCAAAUAGUGUUUAUCAUCUCGGUAAACUUACAGAAAACAGUGUCACUAAACAAAGGUGCAUCUGGACCAGUCAAAACACUUUCCUGGGCCAAGAUAAUGUUUACAGGCUGAAUUUGGGCAGUAACCUAAUAGUACUGCCAGAUGCAAGUUAGAAUUAUUGUCACAGACUUUAACCACACAAUAAUAAACUAGUUGAUCAUGUGAA